CUUUCUACUGUGUGAGCGUGAGCACCACUAAGGCAGCACCAGACAGAAAGCUGGAUCAUUGGGGCUGGGAUCUGCACCCCUACCUACCAAAGCCCACCCUCCGCCACAGAUUUCACAGAUAUCCGCAAAUCAACCUGCGAUUUACUCUGAAAGAGUUGCGAGUUUCCUCCCGAGCGGUGCCAGCCAAUACAGACCAGUAUGCAUCUAGCUGGAGGGAUAUCUGCGAGUAUAUACGCCAACAGGCUCCGGGCAGAAGGCAUGGGCUCCAACCACCAAGCUGUGCCCUUCGCCAACCAGGACUACGAGGCACUGAAGCAAGAGUGCGUGGAGUCCGGGUGCCUGUUCGAGGACCCCUGCUUCCCCGCGGAGCCUCCAUCUCUGGGCUUCAAGGAACUCGCCCCCUACUCCUCUAAAACUCAGGAUGUGGAGUGGAUGAGGCCCACGGAUCUGACGGGUGACCCUCAGUUCAUUGUGGGCGGUGCGACCAGGACGGACAUCUGUCAGGGAGCGCUGGGCGACUGCUGGCUCUUGGCGGCCAUCGGCUCUCUGACCCUGAACGAGAGGCUCCUUCAUCGGGUCGUGCCCCACGGCCAGUCCUUCCAGGACGACUACGCUGGAAUCUUCCACUUUCAGUUCUGGCAGUUUGGCGAGUGGGUGGACGUCGUGAUUGACGACCGGCUCCCUGUCAAAGACGGGGAGCUCAUGUUUGUCCAUUCAGCCGAGGGCAAUGAAUUCUGGAGUGCGCUCCUGGAGAAAGCUUACGCUAAGCUGAACGGCUCCUACGAGGCCCUGUCGGGAGGAAGCACCACCGAGGGGUUCGAGGACUUCACUGGGGGCGUGUCCGAGAUGUACGAGCUCCGCAGCGCCCCUAAAGACCUGUACAGGAUCAUCGGAAAGGCCCUGGACAGGGGCUCCCUGCUGGGCUGCUCGAUCGAUAUCACCAGUGCCUUCGACAUGGAGGCCGUCACGUUCAAGAAGCUGGUGAAGGGCCACGCCUACUCUGUGACUGGUCUGAAAGAGGUGGACUUCCGGGGCAGCACGGUGCGCCUGAUCCGAGUACGUAACCCCUGGGGCCAGGUGGAGUGGACUGGUGCCUGGAGCGACAAUUCUUCCGAGUGGGAUGAGAUUGACCCGUCGCAACGCGAAGACUUGCAUCUGCAAAUGGAGGAUGGGGAGUUUUGGAUGUCCUUCAGCGAAUUCACGAGGCAGUUUUCCCGACUGGAGAUCUGUAACUUGACUGCAGACGCUCUGAGCGAUGAAAGCGUGAGCCACUGGAACACCAUGAAGUUCUACGGCGCGUGGAGGAGAGGCAGCACGGCGGGGGGCUGCAGGAACCAUCCCAACACGUUUUGGAUCAACCCUCAGUACAAGAUCACGUUGCUGGAGGAGGACGACGACCCGGAGGACGACGAGGAAGCGUGCAGUUUCUUGGUGGCCCUCAUGCAGAAGGACCGGCGCAAGUAUCGCCGCCAGGGUCAGGACAUGCAUACCAUUGGUUUUGCAAUCUACGAGAUUCCAGAAGAAUUCAAAGGCUGCCAGAAUGUGCAUUUAAAGAAAGAUUUCUUCCUGAGACAUUCAUCGUGCGCCCGCUCCGAGACCUUCAUUAACCUGCGGGAGGUGAGCACGCGUCUGCGCCUCCCCCCCGGCGAGUACCUCAUCGUCCCCUCCACCUUCGAGCCCGCGAAGGAGGCCGACUUCGUCCUCAGAGUCUUCACCGAAAAGCUGUCGGAAACAGAAGAGCUGGAUGAUGAAGUCUCUGCUGAUUUCGGAGAAGAUGAGGAAAUAACUGAAGAUGACAUUGAUGACUCCUUUAAGGCCAUGUUUGCCCAACUAGCAGGAGAGGACAUGGAGAUUUCUAUUCGCGAGCUGAGGACCAUUCUCAACAGAGUCAUCGCCCGUCACCAAGAUCUGAAGACUGACGGCUUCAGUGUGGAAUCAUGCAGGACCAUGGUCAACCUAAUGGACAAAGACGGCAGUGCCCGUCUAGGUCUGGUGGAGUUUCAGAUCCUCUGGAACAAGAUCCGGAAGUGGCUGGGCACUUUCAGACAGUUUGACCUCGACAAGUCAGGGGCCAUGAGCUCGUAUGAGAUGCGACUUGCUGUAGAGGCAGCAGGUUUCAAACUGAAUAACAGACUGAACCAGAUUCUGGUAGCCCGCUAUGCAGAGAAUGAGAUGAUCGACUUCGACAACUUCAUCUGCUGCUUGGUCAAACUUGAAGCCAUGUUUAGGUCUUUCCAGCAGUUCGACAGGGACAGUUCAGGAGUGGCUGAGAUGAACCUCACAGAGUGGCUUUAUAUGACAAUGUGCGGUUGAAGAGGACCAUCUUCCUUGGAGGAGGGUAGAGUGUGCGUGCAGACUUGCUGUAAACCCUUUGCUCAGAGGACCCGUCAGCCUUAGUAACCUGUUGAACAUUUUAACACGUCCCACCUCAAUAAAUGGUUAAAGUAGCAAAAGAGCAGUAUAGCAGGAAACCAAAGUCCAACAAAGCCAAGUGUGUCCUGGUCAUAUUUUAGAUACUAUGCAAACCUACAGCAUGAAGCAGUCACUCUGCACCAUAAACAUGUCAUCACUGUAAAAAUAGCAUGAGCCUGGGCAUGAUGAGAAUCACUAGCUGUAACGUUCAUUGCAUAAUGAUUUUACAUUAGUUUGUUGUGUGUAGGAAUGUCGGUUGAUUUAUUAUAAUAAUAAUAAUAAUAAUUUUAAGGAUGUUUUAAAAUCUCACUAAAGCUGUCUGAAGUGUUAUUUCUUACUGCGGUAUUUGAAGUCUUAUAGUUUUCUCUCUUUUUUUUAAUAUAACAGUCAACAGCGUUGAGUUUGUCGUUUCGUUCCUGCACCUCUAGGUGGCAGUACAGACCCAUUCUGAUGUCGAUGUUGAACUACUUGGCCAUUUUGUACUGAACUUUAACCUGUUUGAGAAUGUAUUAAUAUUUUUAUUGAGUUUAAGUGAAACAAAUGCGCUUUAUGCAAUUUCAUUUUUAUUUUUAUUAUUGUUUUUGCACAGGGUUUUUAGCUUAAUCUGCUAGUGAAGUUGCCUCACAUUAAUAACGAAUACUGUGUUUGAGUUCAUUCACAUGACAUUUACAGGAGUCACAGAGCUGAAUGCCUUAUACGUGAUGCCAUGGUGUUAUGGACGGCUUUUUAAAAACAAAUGUGCCAGUCAUGUGUUUUGUGUUGUGAAUGUAUAUUGUGCCUUCAAUAAAUAUUCCCCUUAGGGUUCAA